CCGCGCUACACGGGUCUCAUUUGUUUUGGCAGCGAAAUGCACCGCUGAACGUUUGUCCUGUUAGUUUUCAAGAGCUUUUCGGCCGUUUUAUAGAAUAUUUCCAAAUCAGCAAAGAUGUCCUCGCCUCUAUCAAAACCUCAGAUUAUUGCGCAUAUUCAGAAGAGCUUGAACUACACCGUUUUCGACACUAAAUGGAUUCCGUGCAGCGCGAAGUUUGUCUGUCUGGGGAACUUUCCGAGAGGAACCGGAGUAAUGCAAAUAUAUGAAGUGAAACAAGGGGAGGCUCAGCUUAUCAAGGAGGUUGAGAAGCCGAAGCCCAUAAAGUGUGGGACAUUUGGGGCAACAUCUCUUCAACAAAGAAACAUAGCAACUGGGGAUUUUGAUGGAAAUCUCAAUAUAUGGGAUCUGGAGAUACCUGAAAUGCCAGUGUACAGUGUAAAGGCCCACAAAGAAAUAGUGAAUAGUAUCGACGGUGUUGGUGGUCUGGGGAUUGGAGAUGGCGCCCCUGAGAUAGUCACCGGAAGCAGAGACGGGACAGUAAAGGUGUGGGAUCCCAGACAGAAAGAUUCACCUGUAGCCAACAUGGAGCCUAUGGAAGGAGAAACCAAGAGGGACUGCUGGACUGUUGCAUUUGGUCAUGCCUUUAAUGAUCAAGACCGGUGUGUGUGUGCUGGUUAUGACAAUGGGGACAUCAAACUCUUUGACCUGCGAAAUAUGUCUCUACGGUGGGAAACCAACAUUAAAAAUGGGGUAUGCGGUGUAGAGUUUGACAGGAAAGACAUCAACAUGAACAAGUUGGUGGCCACCUCCCUGGAGGGAAAAUUCCACGUCUUUGACAUGAGGACCCAGCACCCGACCAAGGGCUUCGCCUCUGUUUCCGAAAAGGCUCAUAAGUCGACCGUCUGGCAGGUGAAGCAUUUGCCUCAAAACCGAGACAUCUUUAUGACUGCAGGGGGAGCAGGCAACCUACAUGUGUGGAAAUACGAGUAUCCUGCUCAGAGAAGCAAGAAGGACUCAGAUGGCGGGGAUGUGGGCGUAGCUGGCACUGUCAACCUCUUACAGAACGUCACUCUGUCCACUCAGCCAAUCUCAAGCCUGGACUGGAGUCCUGACAAACAGGGCCUGUGUGUGUGUUCAGGCUUUGACCAGUCUGUCCGCGUGCUCAUUGUCACCAAACUCCACAUGGUGUGAAAAAGCGGACGACAACAAAGACUGAUGGUCUGUGCAGCCCUGUACAAAACAAGAUGCAACAACACAGAUGCAUCAAUAGUGUUUAAAUCACUGCCUUUUUCUGAGGCUGAAUUGUACUCCUGGUCAUCUUUGGAUUGAUGAUCUUUUAUUUGAAGACAACGAUUUCCUACUGCAGGUCUUUGCAGCUGUCCAUAUAGAUUUCAUACAGCUGAUUCUCAUCUUUAGACUUAUCUUGCCAGAAAAUAAUUUAACUCAUAUGAACCGGGAAAGUGCUUGACUGAGCCUUGGAGGCAAUGUUGUCCUCUAGUGCAGAGAAAUACCCUUGUAACACGAUGAUACAUUUCCCAUAUUAUCAAAAAGCCUCUGCUAGGAUGGAUAAAUGAGUCAUUUAAUCUUGGAAUAAUACUUUGGGGAUCAAGAUUUGAUUUCUUUAUCUAUUACCAUUUUUGUAGGAUGCUUACUGAAACACCUGUCUUUUGUUGCACUAUUGGUGAAUGUUUUACUCGAGUUUUGUCUAUUGUUCAAAUUGUCACUUUUGAUAUGACAUUUUAAUGAGAACUCUGUGUUUUCAAAUUAAAUGUGUGUUUGGAACGAAAAAUUA